UGGUCAAAUCGGUUCAACCGUUUGGAUCGCGAUAAACAAAAGCGGCCCAAGUAGAGUAAACAAGUCGGGCGCUCGGUAAAAGGUUAGUGUGCAUAUAGCCGGGAGAGAAUUCAUAUAUCGUUGUGUCUGCUUAUGUCGUAGGUUUCAAGAAACUAUAAUUCCGGAAACAGCCAUCACAGGAACCGAAAUGGUUUUCGAAGGUUUGUCACCAAGACUGCUGUCGGUUCUAAGAUUUAGACUCGCUCUCACUGUCACGGCAUUCUCAGCGUAUAUCAUUGGAGGAUACUACCUGUUCCCGUUCUCACUUCCGGUGAUGACGUCAGUCACAGACAGACUCAUAUUCACGUUGCGAUGGCAACUGUUGGGAGGCCUAACCUUGCUGAUGGGUAUCCAGGGAGUCGGUAAGAUGCGAGCGAAGUCGGAAGCUGCUAGCGAUCCUAUCAAAGGUAACGGUGAACAUCUCGUCAGUGUACAGAAUAAAAUUCUACGCAACACAUUAGAACAGUUCGUCUUCCAUUUCAUCGGUCAACUCGCCCUAUGUACCUACCUGUCCCCUGAAGCGAUGAAAACGAUACCUGUCCUCGUCACCCUUUUUGUCAUCGCCAGAAUUAUCUUCCAGAUCAUCUACCCGAUAGAUGCUAUGAAGCGUAUAUUCGGCUUUAUGAGUACGUUUCUACCUACUGUGGGAGUCUAUGUUUACUGUCUCUAUUGUUUUCUCACACAGUAACAUUUACCACUGACCGAAAAUUGUCAACGUCGGCAAAUAACCAGAUAUGUCCGUGUGCAAAAUGAGCCUUGCGAUGCUGUAAUUUCCAAAAGGGUGAACCUACAAUUAAACAGGUUUACCUCCACAUCACUAUGGCGAACUCCAUAGUCGGAAGUAUCCGAAGAAAGUCGGAAGUAUCCGAAGAAAGUCGGACACCGAUAGUGAUAGCUUCGGCGGUAAUGGUUACAGGUAACGUGCAAGCAACUUGAAAGUAUAUUAUAUUUGACAUGCGCAGUCAGCGUGAAUAAAAACGGAAGUUACACGUGAGACCUUCAAUGGUGUACAAUCUUUAACAGUCCUCAGUAUAUAAUUCUACAGAAUUCAUUCCAUCGGUCAAAUGUGGAGCGAUGUCAGUUAUACCGUUCCUGGUCGCCAUCUUUUGUGCAUAGCGGGAAUCGCUGAGUAGACCAUGUUCCUGUGUAGUUUCGAAGUGAUCUGCAUUACAAGAACGAGAAACAGAAACAGGUCAGAGCCAAACAGGAGAACAUGGAAGUAUCAUGUAUUACUGCAACGAAAAAUGACAAGAUAUUUCAAAUGUAAGGAAACUAUAACAAUUAACGUGUAUACCAACAAAAGUCGUAA